AUGGCAAGGCUAUUCAUAUGCAUCGCCUUUCUGGUCGUACUGACCGGGGCGACUCCGCAGGUGAAUUAUCCACUGAACCUACAAUUUCCACCCGUUGCGCGUGUUGGAGAACAAUUCAACUUUCAAUUCGCAUACACGACAUUCUCAUCGGACUCCGGCAAUUUGCAGUACUCAUUGAUUGGGAAUCCCUCUUGGUUGUCGCUGGAUUCCCCGAGCCGAACACUUUCUGGAACACCACACGCCAGCGAUGUUGGAAUUAUCAAGUUUACAAUCACCGCAGCUGGACAGGCAGGGACUGUUGCGAAUAUGGAAUCGAAAUUGCUCGUUUCAGCAGACGAUGCUCCAAGAACAAAAGGGAACAUCUCAGCGGAGCUAUCUACGGCCGGCAAACUGUCAGGGCCCCAAACUGUCACCCUCAACCCUUCGAGCUCGUUCAACAUCUCGUUUUCGUCAGAUACUUUUGGUUCGCCGAAAAAGAAGCUGUCUUACUUUGCGACUCUUGCGGACCGUACGCCACUACCCGCAUGGAUAAGUUUCGAUGCCUCCUCAAUACACUUUGCCGGCAGUACGCCCCCAUCACAGUCCCCACAAUCUUUUGAAAUACUGCUCAUAGCAUGUGAAACGCCCGACUUCGCUGCCUCUUCAGUGUCGUUCACUAUGGUCAUCAGCAAACAUAGUUUAUUCUUCGACCCGUUCAGUCAGGCUAUAAACCUGAGCAAGGGAGAUGAGGUCCGCAUUACCAACCUCAAGCAACAGCUCUUCUUGGACGAGUCGUCAAUCGCAGACGACGAACUCCAAUCCAUUACGGCGGAUCUACCAUCAUGGCUGACGCUGGACAACGAUACCUUUGAGAUCGUUGGGAAAUCGCCUUCCAACGUAAUGUCGCAGAAUCUUACUGUGACCGCCAAAGAUCAGUCUGGAGAUACCGCUGAGCGAACCAUCAGCCUUGUCUUCAAGUCUGAGCUGUUCAGCAGUGAGAUCGGCAAUCUCAGUCUUACGGCUGGAGAGUCUUUCGAGCAUAAGAUAUCGCAAUCUGUGAUUGCAAAAGAUGUCGAGAGCGUGACAGUUGAUUUUGGGUCUCUGGCAGAAUAUCUACACUUCGAUCCCACAACACUCGUCAUCUCUGGCACAGUACCACAGGACCUUCCCUCUCAGGAUGUCGAAUGCUCAAUAACGGCGAUUUCAAGCGAUAGCGCCCAAAAGGAUACUCAAGCUUUCCAUAUCGAAGUAUACGAAGCGGGACAUGGCUCUCAGGUCACUCCAUCGAAGGCUGGAGCUGCGGACACGCAACAAAGACCUGACAGGAAUAAGGAUAGCAUUAUAGUCGGAUCAGUCAUCGGAGCCGUCUGUGGUGCAGCUAUACUUCUGAUCUUUACUCUCUGCCUGCGCCGUAGGAAGCGUAAUAUGAAAGACUACGUUGAUCCAAAGGUUCCCCGGAGUCCGAGGAAAUCUGACAUCUCCCGGCCUAUGUUCAUCCCAUACGGAUGGCCAGACCUAGAAGAAGAUGCAGAUGAAGACCUAGAGAAGGGUAAAAAUGAUCACGACUCUUUUGUGGAGCGAACACCGGAGCAGCCACCUAAGCUAGAAGUCGAUCUGGCCCGGGACCAUGGGGAUAGCCAUUCGGUGGGUGAAUCGAUUGAUGACGCUGACACAAGGAUUCUUGACAUAUUCGACGAGUCUUCGUGGGGAAUUCAAAAUGACAUUACUCCCUCGCAGCACCCCCAUGAUUCGAUGAAAAUACCCACAGAGCUAGCAAAGAGGGCGUCGCAGAGGUCAGACACGUUUCGGAAACAUAAGCGACGAACAACGACAGUAUAUCAAGAUCAUAUCCAACGUAGUUCUGGUCUGCCUGUCAAUCGUCGUAUCACGGGAAUGGGACAUGGACGCCACACUUAUUCUCCAUCUAGGAGCAACACCAUGUUCUCGCGAUCUUCGAUGCGCCGACCACUAAGCAUGAAUUCCGAAUCGACAACAAGAUGUACAAGUACUUGUUCAACGGCGCCAUCAGCAUUUCCUCAACCACCCGCAGCACGAAAGCACACGACAAUGGUGACAACACCUAGAGAAGAACGACGCAGUAUUCGCAUUGUACCUGCUUGCAUGCGUAGUAGCUUAACUGAUCGUCGCACGGACGACGAGAGACGCAACUCUUAUAUUCGAAAACGAGCGUCUGCUCAGUCACCGUUCUUCAGCGCAAGCACGCGUGCAUCCUCCUCCAAUUAUAGGUCGCCACCAGCAUUCAUCGCCGAAGCGCAAUCUUCUCCUAGGGUUGCAUUAUCUCCAACCACACGUAACACUAUUGUCAGACCGAAUGAUGAUGUGGUCGCAGGUAAAGAAAAGGAGAUACCUCAAAGUUUACGCGUGGUAAAACCUUCAGGCACUCAAGCCGGGAUUUCAAAGCAAGAGUUUCCUGGGAGUCUCCGUACGAAUAGAACCAACCGACCCUGCACAGCAAUAGCAGCAAACCGUGACCGUGUCGAGAAAACUUCUGGGUCGCGCACCAGCUUUGGCCGUCGAGCAAGCACACGGCAAAGUCUCCGUGCGUACGAUCUCAAGGCCACCUUGAACGACCUUACCGGUAUCAAGAUCUUUGAGGAUGUUGAGAUGAGUGAUAGCGUCUACUCUGACGAGGAGAUUGAUAUCGAAGAGGCCGAAAAGCGAAAGACAGUCAAGCCUGGCCAAUACACACUACCGCCAUUGAAUCUUGACAGAGUUGACACGGCGCGUAAUAACAAGCGGGAGAGCGCUGUAGGAAAGAGUAAGACUAAGCGCAACAGCAAGAGAGAACUGAAGCGCACAAAUGAACGUGAUCCAACGCCAUAUUAUUUUGCGUCCAGUCACGAGCACGGCGGCAAGGAGAACGCAUCGUCGACAUACACUCUCGGGCAUAGGAGCUCCCCCGUGCGAAUAGAAGUCAAGGGUAAAGCCAGAGCUGUGACAUCUCCUGAGCGCACCAAGGCAUCAACGGCACGCCAGUCCAAACUAGCAAAUGAAGCACGAACAAGCGUAAACCGCACCACGAACGAAGGAUCUACCAAAGAACGACAUUCUCGCAAGUCGAUACACUCGCGCUCACAAUCUCGUCAGUCUGGGGGUAUCAGCGUCAAGAAACCACGCGAUCAUUCACGCACACAAUCGUCCGCAUUCCCCCGCUUUGAUGCUACAAUCUUUGAAUCGAUAGGUGCUGAUAACCGAUCCAGCAUUGGCAACGCCAUUACGACGGCAGCAGAUGCUGUCUGUCUCCCGGCAUCCAACACCAAAGCCUCUUUGAUCAUGCGUGACUUGUCGGGGAACCUCACGUUUUACGGUGGCGACGGCGACGAGCCUACGAUAGAGGAGUUGGGGAGCAGCAGUAUUGGAUUCCGCACGUCCAAUGGCCGUAUAAACAGCGUUGCGCAGCGGUCUCGCCUCGCAUCCCUCCAUCUAUCAUCUCAUCAUGUACCCCAAGUACCCCCGAAGUCGUCCAAGCGCGAGACCGUCAUCCCUGUUUCUACGUCACAACACACCGCUAGUGUUGGACUAUUCCCGCACGGGUGUCCUGGGGAUGAGAAGGAAAGGAAACGCACACCAUUGAAUGUGGUACAAGCUGAGAAUGCAGCAACGCCAGAGCCAGAUGAGCAGCAAGUUCAUAGUAGGAAGACGUGGGGGAGCUUGAAGGGCAUUGUGGGAAGAGGGAGUAGGUGGGUUAGUGGGGGCUAUUGGGAUAAACAAGGAAAGGAAGACAAAGUUUUCAUCUAG